CUCAUCACCAUGGACUCACCAUCAACCCAGACUCCCCAACCGUCUUCCUCUUUGACAAGAGGUGGUCACCCCUUGCUUUCCAGCGGCCCCCUCGGCACCAUACUGGGGCCUCAAGGAAAGCAUUACUUCUGCGGCUCAGUUGCAGCUUUAGCCAACAUCAUGGUGACCUUCCCCAUCCACAAGGUUCUCUUCAGGCAGCAACUGCACGGGGUGCUUGCGGUGGAGGCGGUGCGGCAGCUCCAGAGAGACGGACUCAGGAAUCUUUACAGGGGGCUGCUCCCCCCGUUGCUCCAGAAGACCACUACUGUGGCCAUCAUGUUUGGCUUGUACCAGGACUUCUCCCGCGUUCUUCUGGACCAGGCCGAGGGCAGCGGCGUGCCGGAGCUGGCUACGCGAAGCUUCGCCGCAGCGCUGGCCGGAACGGCGGAGGCCUUCCUUGCACCCUUCGAACGCGUGCAGACACUCCUUCAGGACCACCGACACCACGGACGUUUUAACAACACGGCCCACACCUUCAGGACUCUUCUGUCAGAAUACGGCGUCAGGGAGUGCUACCGCGGCCUGGUGCCCAUUUUGCUUCGUAACGGCCCCAGCAAUGUUCUCUUCUUCGGGCUGCGAGGACCCAUAAAGGAACGGCUCCCCGAAGCCACUACUCGGGCAGGUCACCUGGUUAACGAUUUUGUGUGCGGGGGCGUUCUGGGGGCGGCGCUAGGCAUCAUGUUCUAUCCGUUAAACGUCAUCAAGUCUCGGGCCCAGUCGCAGGUGGGCGGAGCUUUCCAGCCCUGCAGCCAAGUGCUGCUUACGGUGUGGCGGGAGCGAGGCGGGAGCGUGGCCCUGCUUUUUCGGGGUGCACAUCUCAACUACCACCGCUCACUCCUCUCUUGGGGAAUCAUCAACGCCACCUACGAGCUGCUGCUGAAGCUCGUAUGA